GCGCUACCCCGGGGCUGGCAGGCCAGGCUCUGCGGGCAGCAGCCCAUGGGCACCGGGAACAACCAGCCAUCUUCCGGGGGCGGGAUGUCAGUGGCAUGAAGGGCCAGGGGAGAGCGGAGGAGGCCGGAGGAGGCAGUGAUGGCCCCAGGCUGGCCAGCGGGCCCCGCCCCCCCCCCUGCGGCCCACGCACUCUGAGGGAGCUCGUGGCUGCAAGGAGGAGGAGGAGGAGGAGGAGGAGGAGAAGGAGGGCUCCCAGAGGCCCUGCUCGGCGGCAUGCGUCCCCGUCCCUCCCCGUCCCUCGGGGCCACAGCUGCUGGGAUGAACCCCCGCGCUGCCCUGUGGCUGCUGCUCGUCCUGCCAACAGCCGUGCAGGGCCAGACGCCCAGCCCCCUGCCCACCUUCACCCCGAUGAAGAGCUUCCACCGCGACCAGUUCCAGGGGGAGUGGUUUGUCCUGGGCCUGGCGGGCAGCAACUACAGAAAGGAGGACAAGGCCCUGCUGAAGCCGUACAUCACCACCGUCGUGGCGGACGACAAAGGCCAGCUCCAGGUGUCCAGCGCCAUGAAGCGGGGCAAGCGCUGUGACACAUGGUCGUACGUAAUGAUCCCAGCCGAGCAGCCCGGCCAGUUCACCAUAGAACACAAAGGCUCCACGGCCGACCAAGAGGACAUGCGGGUGAUAGACACCGAUUACACCAAGUUUGCCUUGAUGCUGUCGCUCAGGCGGACCGGCAGCCGGACUGUCAUCCGGGUCAGCCUCCUGGGCAGAAACUGGAACCUGCCUUCCAGGACGCUGGACAGGUUUGCCUGCCUGGCCUUAUCCCAGGGCCUCAAGAAGAAAGACUUCAUGUUCCCAGACAUGACCGUGCCAACCCCAAGCCCGGGACACCUGCCCUGCUUCAGCAGAAUGGCCGCCAGGAACGUGCUGUGGGUGGGCCUGGUUCUACUCGGGGUCCUGGGGGGCCUGCAGACGCAGGCCAACGACCCGAACUCUGCGCAGCUCUACUUCCAGCCUGACAAGUUCCUGGGCCUCUGGUACAGCGUGGGCCUGGCCUCCAACGCCAGCUGGUUCCUGGAGAAAAAGAACGCUCUGUCCAUGUGCAAGACAACGGUGGCGCCCUCCGGGGACGGCGGCCUGAACCUCACCUCCACCUUCCUCAGGAAGAACCAGUGUGAGACGCGGGUGGUGCUGCUGCAGCCCACGGCGCACCCCGGCCAGUACACCUACCACAGUCCUCACUGGGGCAGCGUCCACUCCAUCUCGGUGGUGGAGACCAACUACGAGGAGUACGCGCUGCUGUUCAGCAAGGGCAUCGACGGCCCCCACCAGGACUUCCGCAUGGCCAGUCUCUACAGCCGCACCCAGACCCCAAAGGCUGAGCUGAAGGAGGAUUUUGCUGCCUUCUGCAAGUCCCAGGGCCUCACAGAGGACACCAUUGUCUUCCUGCCGCAGCCCGACAAGUGCAUCAAUAAGCAAGAAUAGGAGAGCCAGACCACCAGCCAGCUCACGCGCCCGCCACGCCUUCGCUGCUCUGCUCCUUCCUCCAGACCCCGGGCUCCCACAGCGCCUCUGUCCCCCAGCUUGGCCCUGGCUCUGAGGAAUAAACUCUGGAAGCAAGUCA